UGGAGGAGAUGAACAGAUAGAAAGAGACGAGAGGUUAGAAGUCACUGAUUUAAGAGAUAACCAACGUCAAGCCACUGACUCACAGCUGGGAACACAGCUGGGUGUGAUGGCUGAAGAGGUUGCAGGCAAACACUGACUGGACUGACAGUGACAUUGUGGAGCGAGGGUCGGCUUUAUUGUGCUGGAAUGAAAUAAUAAUUUCAGUUCACGCAGUAUCAACAGGAAAUGCUUGAGGACUACACGUGGAAGAUCAGCUUUUGAACUGCACAGUAAAAUAGGAUUAAGAAAGUGGAGGCUACAGAAAUGAAAUGGCUUUAUCAGUUUGGCAACAAAUAUAGUGCAGAAAACUUUGGCUAAAUUUUGCAAAUUCUGGACAGAUGGAAUAGAAUGGGAGCAACCUGUGUGAUUGAAAAAUAAUUCAAGUAAACUCUAAAAAUUGGGACUUCAGGAUGCCAUGUAUCACCACCAAUACUAAAGCCAUGGAGGCUCAACACUGGCAGAAAGAAUGGGAUUACCAACUAAUAUAUACCUUCAAGUUGGAAAUCCUGCCAAGGUGUUUGAAUCAUCUGGAACAUUGAGAGUAUGGAGCCCGAGGAAGCGCACAGCAAGAGAAGCUUGUAUAGCAAGGUUGAUGUGCCCGACCAUGCUCACUAUGUCGUCGCUUUCUUCGUCUUUGUUAUUGGGACACUUGGCAUCACUGGGAAUACCCUGGUUAUGUUUGCUUUCUACAGCAACAAGAAGCUCCGUAAACUCCCGAACUACUUCAUUAUGAACUUGGCGGUGAGUGACUUCCUGAUGGCGUUCACACAGUCGCCCAUCUUCUUUGUCAACUGCCUCUACAAGGAAUGGAUGUUUGGAGACAUUGGCUGUAAAGUCUAUGCUUUCUGUGGUGCCCUUUUUGGUAUUUCUUCCAUGAUAAACCUUCUGGCCAUAUCGAUUGAACGGUAUCUGGCCAUCACCAGACCACUGCAGACAAUGCAGUGGGGUUCAAAACGGAGAACGAUUUUUGCCAUCUUUCUCAUCUGGUUUUAUUCUUUGGCUUGGAGUCUGGCUCCUCUCGUUGGCUGGAGCUCCUAUAUUCCAGAGGGACUGAUGACAUCUUGCACAUGGGAUUAUGUUACAUAUACAACAGCUAAUAGGAGCUACACCAUGAUGCUCUGCUGUUUUGUCUUUUUUAUACCACUGGGAAUCAUCUUUUUCUGCUAUCUUCGAAUGUUUCUAUCUAUCCGAAAGACUGGCAGGGAGGUUGAACGUUUGGGCACUCAGGUCAGAAAAACCACUCUUAUCCAACAAAGGUCCAUCAGGAGUGAGUGGAAAUUGGCAAAGAUUGCCUUUGUUGUCGUUGUGGUGUAUGUCCUCUCCUGGUCACCGUACGCCUGUGUCACAUUGAUUUCCUGGGCUGGCUAUGCCAACAUUUUAUCGCCAUACUCCAAGGCUGUCCCUGCAGUCAUUGCAAAGGCAUCAACAAUCUAUAACCCAAUUAUCUAUGCCAUUAUACACAACAAAUACAGGAUGACUCUGGCAGAAAAGGUGCCCUGUCUGUGGUUUUUGUUUCCGGCUCCCAGAAAGGAAUGCCUGUCCUACUCCAUCAGCGAAUCCUCUAUGAGGGAUUCCAUCAUCAGCAGACAGUCCAACGCUUCAUGCACUCAUUUUAUUAAUGCUAUGCCCAAACGCUUUGAUACGCAGAUGUUGAAGGAUAUGGAGAUGGAACAUCUGGGGAGGAAAUCAGGAGGUUCCUUCAGAAACAUGUCAUCAUACAGGCAGUCGGACAGAGGCAGGUCCUAUAAGAGGCCAUCAGAGCAGAAAAUAAAUAAAUACACACCAGAGAAGCAACCACCUACUAUGAGUGAUCCACUUAGCACCUGCGACCCUGACCUGGUUUCCAACUCUCUGACUAUUGCUACUCUACCUUUACUCGUUCUUACCAGGAGGCGCAGUGAGAGUGCAACCGAUGAGAUUUCAAACACAUGCAAUGAUAAAAGCAACAUCAGGGAUCGACUGCACAGCCAGAAGAGCAGCUCUUUUGAUUCCCUGAAUCUUGGGAAAAAACCCUACCCUGAACCAAAGUCUCCCCAGGGUGUUCCUCGCAUAAUUGUCAUCAGUCCCACCUCUGAAAGCAGCAUCAUCAGCUCCAAUAGUGUCCGAUUCGAAGAUAAUAUUGAAGCAAUGGAAAACAAUGUCUUUGUCAGUCUGAACUUUUCAACAGAAGUAUUUGAGGCAGUGAAACUACUCUCUUGACCAGAUGGAAAUAUGUAUGCUUUGGACAAUCAAAUGGACAGAGGUCAACAUCCCAUACCUUUUUCCAGCAUGUUGAAUUGUCCUGCUUGUGACUUUUACCACAGAAACGGCAGAGCAGAAGAAAAUCUGUGAGAUUAAGCAAGAUAAAGUUCUCUGGCUUGGAAAGAUUUACGUAAAAGACGUUUCGCCUUUGCAUACAAGGCGUUUUUUUGAGUUCUCACACAGAAAAACAACUGUAUUUUUUUUUUUCAAAGCUUGAUGUGCCACACAAAAAGCUUAUCUGGACUGAAAAAAUCCUCAAUAUAUUCUCCUUCUACUAUUUUUUAAUGAAAUCAGACAAUGGAGCAGAAAUGCUGAAAAUCAGACAAGAGUGGAGAUAUAGAGAUACAAUAUUUUUGUUUCCCUUUACUCCUUAAAUCAAUAAGAAAUUGAAGGAAAGCAAAACAAUAUCAUGUUCUAACUGUGUCUUUGAAGCUCAGAUAUUCAUUUUUUAUCUUGUGCUAGCUUCUUUAGGCCACAUGGACCAGAUUUAUACUGGCAACAAUUCAGCAGUGUAAUGAAAAGUGAAGCAGUUCAAACCCUCAGGAAAGGUAGGUUAUCUCCCAUAACACCAUGAUAUUUCUCUCCACGCUCACUCUUCUGAUGCUGCUCUGUUGUAGUUGGUCAUUCUAAAACAGUGGCAACAAUGUAAAUCAUUUGAGGUGUAAUUUGUUGAGAUGUAAGUCCAUCUCAGCAAAUCAGAAGCACAUCAAAAGUCAUUAUUUCAUAACUGGGAUUGAAUUGUAAUGUAGGUAAUAGAAUAUUAACCUGUCUGAGCUGGAAUAAAUUCAAUAUAUACAUAUUUCUGUAUAUAAACUGGAUUUUUUUUAUAUUGGCCAAUAUUGGCCAGUACAAGACUGGUAACAUCCUACAAGAAAGGUAAAUACCAAAAUGUCCUUGUUAAAGAACUUGGUCGUUUAUAGAGUUGUGGAUCCAAAUAUAUUGAUAGGAACUUGCGUGGAAGACAAAAAUAUUUAAAAAAUGCAAGACCCAGUUGGUAAUGAUAUUAAUAAGCCGCCUAGGGUGGGAUUUACUGUUUUUAUAAAAUACACAGCAAAUUAUUGGCUUCCUUUCUCAUCAGCACGUCUGAAAUAUUUUUAAUUGUUUUUCACCAAAAGAUCAAGGCUGCUAGUCUUACACUCUCCACCGUUCAAGAGGUUUUCUACUGUUCAAAUUGAUUUAUUUCUUACUGCAUGUCCAUCUGCCACCAUUUUCACAUCAUUCUGACAACUGACACCACGGAGGACUCACAAGCCAACAUUUAGUGAGUAAAAAUAUCCAACAGUCUUGAGUGGAACACGGAAACACCAGAACCUUUUUGCAACAACUGAACAAUAAAGUGAGUAAACACAAAACCUAAAAAAAUUUACAAAAGCUUUGGUUUGGAUAAGGAUAAUGUGUAUGUUUAUGAAUCAAUUACUUUUAGCAAACUGUUUUAGCCAUUAUUACAUCUUGUUGAGGCCUGUUUCUAUGUAUACCACAGCUUAUUUUCUUUCCAAUCUCUGUAGAUUUAAAGUCAAAAGAUGAAAUUAUUGUAAAUUGUGUAAAAAGUACAUCCGUUCAUGAGAAAUACUACAUCUUACCUCGCAUAGUUUGCACAUUUUCUUCAUAUCAAUGUCACUGUUACUCUUUCCAUGUAGUCUUAAAUUCCACCUGUUUACCAUCUGUUCUUGACAUCAAUGUUUCCUACAUUUUAUUCUGUAAUUUCCUGUAGAUAAGUUGUUUAAAGAUUCAAAUGUCAUACUGUUGCUACUGUAUGUUCUGAUUUGUUUCUUAUUGUUUCUUCAUUUUAAUAAAUGUUUUCUCAUUUUAAAAAAUUUAAAAAGAUGUCAAUAUACAGUAGAUAUACAGACAAUAUCUAUAUUGUCUACAUAUUGCCAACCAAAGAAUGCUCCAUGGACCUAAUGAAAACUAUUUUCAAAAAAAAUUAUGUGUUUAAUAAACCUGUUUUGAAUUCCA